UCUCUCUCUCUCUCUCUCUCUCUCUCUCUCUCUCUUCUCUCUCUCUCUCUCUCUCUCUCUCUCUUCAUUCAGACGCGAGUCACGGUGAGUUCAGUGGCGCGGGCGGGCGUCGCGUGCUGCUGUGAGUAGACGCGCAGACUCGGGUUCGGUCAGUCUGACGCUCGCUCGCUCGCGGUGCCGGGGAUGCGGCUGUGUGUGACUCUACUGGCGAUCGUGCUGUCGGCGGGCCUGAGUGUGGCGCUGCAGAUCCAGUGUUAUCAGUGUGAGGACGAGCGGCAGGACGACUGCUCCGCUCCAGACUUCAUCGUUAACUGCACCGUCAACGUGCAGGACAUGUGCCAGAAGGAAGUGCUCGUCAUGGAGGACGGGGUCCACUACAGGAAGUCGUGCGCCUCGUCCGGAGCGUGUCUGAUCGCGUCCUCGGGGUAUCAGCAGUUCUGCACGGGGAAGCUGAACUCGGUCUGCAUCUCGUGCUGCAACACCCCGCUCUGCAACGGCCCGCGCCACCGGAGGAGAGCGCUGUCCUGUGCCCGCGCACUGCCCGCGCCCGCGCUCCUCGCGGCCCUGCUGCCGCUUCUGUGGGCGUGCGUGUGCUGACGGACUCAAGGCUUCUCAACGGAGGCUCAGACUGUGUGUGUGAAUACUAGAUGAUGAACAAACACAGGCUCACUGGACUGCCCGAGAGAGAAGAAACUGUAGAAGGAGCGAUUAUCCUCCAAGAUUGAACUUCACGAGAUGAGCUGUGUUCAAUGUGCUUCCCUUCCUUCCCCUUAUUAUUAGUGGGCGGGGCUUCUUCACAUAAUCCCACCAGUCAGAGAGCCAUGGGUGGAGUGUGGAGUCUAGCUCCGCCUCUCUGAAUAUCCAACCACACGCUAAUGCUACCAGAAGGGGUGGGACCAAAUAUGGAUCAGGCGAAAUAUCUCCGUCCUUCUCCAUGCACUACGAUAAUCGCUUUCCUGCCACCAAAUAUCGAUAUUUCAUUAUUAAAAUAAGGCUGUAGACAGAUUUCCCUCCUCAGUGUCUCCUGGAGGUGGCGCUCAACACAUGAAUAAGGGAAAGGUGGACGUAAGUUAACUAACACUCCUGUGUGUAUCUCUGUAAGCGCUCGAUGAAGAGUGUCAAAGAUGUCUAUUUACAACAUAUUUAUGAAGCGUUGAUCUCUGUAGCCAAUCAGAGACAUAUCUGUUGAGCACAUGAACCCACUGGCCAAUCAGACGUGUUUAAGAAUCCGCUCAAAAUGCUAGACGAAAUGCUGGUGUUGUCGCAUGUUUAAAAUGUUAAAAUACCCAAGUCGACAACAUUAUUCCCAGGGUUCCUUAAGGAAACAUCGAGGUGUCCCAGGUUUAAACAUUAGAGGUUGGUACAUUUUGAAAUGUAGCAGGUUUACGUAAAGCAAGUCGAUAAGCAUUUACACACAAAGAAAAGUUUAAGCUUUUAAAAACUAUAAGCAUAAAAUGUUUAAUUCACUUAAAAUGUUCAAUUUAAUUUACACACUGAAAGACGUUUUGUGCUGUUUUCUGACAGUUUGAACUUGAAUAAAGAGAGAACCCGUGCUUAACCUUU